AUGAGGAUAUCGAGAGUGUGUCUGCAGAGGAUGGGGAUGAUGCUUGAUCAUUAUUCACAAUAUAACCCCAUGCCAUUGUCGAUGAAAAAUUUCAUAGAUUUCGGUAAUAAAACUGGGUGUCAAGAAGCAUCAUUCCAGUUUUUACGGAAAGAAUUACCAGUACGUAUGGCAAAUAUAAUGAAAGAGAUUAAAUUAUUACCAGACCAUUUAUUAACCAUGCCAUCGGUCAGAUUAGUUAUGAGUUGGUAUGAACAAAGUUUUAGGGAAUUAAUACAGUUUGAAAAUAUUGAUGAUAAAGCUGGCCUCACAGAUUUUACAGACAGAUUAAUACAGAUCAGAAAUCGACACACAAAUGUCGUAGAAACAAUGGCUCAGGGUAUUUUAGAAUUAAAAGAAACUCAUGGAAUAGAUGAUAAUACAGAAAAUAGAAUACAAUAUUUUUUAGAUAGAUUUUAUAUGUCACGUAUUAGUAUUAGGAUGUUAAUCAAUCAACACACAUUAUUAUUUGGUAAUGAAAUAGGACAUCAUCCUCGUCAUGUUGGUUCAAUAGAUCCUAAUUGUAAUGUUUUACAUGUUGUACAAGAUGCGUUUGAGAAUGCCAGGUUUCUAUGUGAACAGUAUUAUUUAUUAUGUCCAGAAUUAGAUAUAACCUGUAAACUAUCUAAUAAAGUUAAAGAUGGAGACAGUAUAGUUUAUGUACCUUCUCAUCUAUAUCAUAUGUUAUUUGAAUUGUUCAAGAAUGCUAUGAGAGCUGUGGUUGAACACCACUCUAAUGAGACAGAAGUACCUAAAUUAAAUGUUAUGGUUGUAAAAGGGGAAGAAGAUCUAUCUAUAAAAUUAUCUGAUGAAGGUGGUGGAGUACCUAGAAGUAAAACUGACUUGUUAUUUCAAUAUAUGUAUUCUACAGCACCCCAACCAUCCCGAUCUGACUCAGGUUCAGCACCAUUAGCUGGAUAUGGCUAUGGUUUACCACUAUCAAGACUGUAUGCUAGAUAUUUCCAUGGUGAUUUAAUAUUAAACUCAUUUGAAGGUUUUGGUACAGAUGCUAUUGUGUACUUAAAGGUUUUAUCUAAUGAAGCUAAUGAAAGAUUACCAGUUUAUAAUACGACAGCAUCUAAAGUUUAUUCUUCUGAUAUUCCAGUAUCUGAUUGGAGUUCUUCCUCACCAUUUAAUAAUAAUGGUCAUCAAUCACAUAGAAACUAUUAUACUACAGCUUACAAUAGGUCAAUAGGAAUAGCACGAUAG